AUGAAGAGAUUAAUAAUUAUUGGGUUUUGUGUGGCACUAGUGUUGACACAAGAAUAUGAAGGCGGAAGCGAUGAUGGAUAUGAAGAAGCAGGUGAUGAUGACGCCGGCGGUUAUGCCGGAGGCUAUGAGGGUGAAGGUUUUGGUGGUGGAGGUGCCAACUAUGGCGGCGCUAACUUAGAACAAUAUGCUCCCGGCAUUGCCAGUGCUCUCGGACAGGCUGGUGUAGGUGCUUAUGAUGCCGCAGGUAUUGGUGGUGAUGGUGGCUAUAGUGAAGGCACUGAUGAUAGUGAAUCAGGUGGUGCUGAAGAUGCCGCUGCUCUCUAUGCACAGGCAGCUGUUGGUGCUGGUGGUGAUGGUGUCGAUCUCAGCGGAUAUGCACACCAGGGGAUGACAUUUUAG